UGCUACCGGCUCCUCCUCGCCGGCGGGUCUGAAGCGGCGGCCGGGCGCUUCCUCCUCGCUGUGCCCCCUGGGGUCUCAGUGCCGGCAUCCCCCCCCCCCGCCACCUAAAUCUGUGCCUGCUCCUCCCCCAUCCCCGGCCUGGCCCCGCCGCCAUGAGCCCUGGGGGCGGCUCAUAACCAGCCUCAGCCCCCUCCCUCGAGUCCUCCUCCGGUGCAGCGCGUGCGGCCGGUCUCCCCGCUCCAUGCGCCGCGGGGAUGCUGCUGCGCCCUCCCUGCGGGUAAGAGCGCCCAGCGCCUUCCGCUCCGGCCAGCCAAGAUGUGGCAGAGCGUCGGGCUGACGCUGCUGGUGAUCGUGGCCACCCUGGCCUGUGUGCUCCUGUUCAUGCUGUGCGGUUGGUAUGUGGUGUGGCAACUGUUUUUAUCUAAAUUCAAGUUCCUGAGAGAGUUGAUAGGAGACACAGGAUCCCAACAGGGGGAUAAUGAGCCUUCAGAGUCUGAAGCUGAACAGGAGACUCCACCCACUCCACAGAGAGGUAGACAGAAAUCAGCACGGCAAAGAAGGGCACUAGCAGAAGAAGCAACUUAAAAAGAGUCCUCUGGGCAUUCAUUAGUGACCUAUGAACAGAUUAAACACUUCUGCUGCACUGUGUGAUUCAGCAGUUUUGUUUUACUGAAAACAAUGGACUCCAAAAAACCAAAUAUCUGUGAACCUUUUACUGUUGGAUUUCAGAUAUACACUACUUUAAUGGCGGUUCAGGAAGGUCUUUAAUGGUAACCCAUAUAGAACUAGAAAAAAUAAGGUAGGGGGAGAAUCUCUCAGCCUGAAAAAGGCUGAGCUGCUGUAGCUCCCACCCCUGCAAACAGAUGCUGUUUCCUGGUCCAUAGGCCUAGCCUUUCCAUUAGUCUGAACAUGGUAAGCAUCUCAGACUUGAAAUGGUUGCUAACUUAUUUUUAUUUCACAGCACUGCAACUAGUUGUAGUAAAAUUUAAUUUUAUUUCUGUAUUUCAUUCAGCUAUAUAAAUAUAUAUAUUCUUCAAUUUGUCGAUGCAUGUAAACUUGAAAGAUGUUCAAAGGAUAUCCUGCUUGCAUGGUAUUGUAAAAUGAGGUUUAGUAACCUUUUGUAUACAUGAGAGAAUUAGUACUAGAUACACAUGAUGUGGAGGUUGUAUCUAUCUCCUUAAAGAAAAACGAAAUCAGGUGACCAUACCCGGUUUCCUGGUUUUGACACAAGAAGGGUUACAGGUAAAACUAUUCUGCUAGGCUUCUGUGUUUUUGUCAUCUGAACCUCUAACUCCAUUUUUACUGGAGAUGGAAAGGUGCAGUGUGGGUUAAGAAUCUUCACUGUUCAUUAUCCUAAAGUGGCAAGCACAGUUCUAACUCCGUUUAGAAUGUAAACGUUUUUACAUCAGGUAUUUGGUACCAGAUUUUUUUUUCUGAUGCCACUUAUUAUGAAGAAAUUGUGACCAAUUUGGUGGACACCACUUUAAUAGUGUUGUAGCAAUGUGUUUAGUACCUCAUGUUUGGCGGUGGUUACUGGUUUUAUCAGCAGUUUAGCAGAUUCUCCCAGUUCUUCAGUACCUGAAUUGUACUCCAGGUGAACAUCCUUUAAUUUUAUUUUUUUGCAUUAUAUUUCAAGCAAAAUUAAAUCCCACAUUGCAGCAAUCUUGCAACUUUAAACUAGUGUUUGAUAUGUGUCAAAGAAGGAAGAAUAAGCAGGUGCUGCCUCUGAAGUGGCAUGUUGGGGGGAUGAAGCUACAAAAAGAACAGUGUCUGUGUUUUGGGACAAGCUCAUCUGACUUCCUUUCAUAAACUUUGGAUGCAUUUGUUGAUUUGUUUAGUUUCUCCUUAAUGGUUUUCCCUGCAUUUAGAUUCUGCUCUACAGGAAAAUGUCUUAAAACUACCAACUAUGAAACCUACAUUGGUGGACAAACUCUCUUGAACCUCUAGUGACAAUAGCAAUGCUUAGCUGUUUGCUAGAAUAGACUCCUAUGUCUGGGAGAAGAGCACAUUUUUGCUACCUUUAUAUUCUAAUUUAUCUGUGGAUAUUAUUUGAAAGCUAAUAUGUUAGGAUUUGAAGAUGACAGUAUUCACUGAAAUGUACCACAAACAGCUGACAAACAUUCUUCCUGAUGUGUCAGUGUUAAAAUAUGUAAUAGAUGUCCUGACCCUUCCCUGCAAGUUCUAUAUUCUUUCUUUGUUUACCAGCAUGUAUGUGUAAGCAUGCUUUAUUAUGGGAUUAUACUUUCAAGCAUGGUUACGCAUCAGUUUGCACAUAUCCUCUAAACACAUGUAAAACCUAUUAAUAGUUUUUUCCUAUUCCAUACUUCUUACUGGUGAGAAUGGGAACUGGAAAUGGCUAUUGAUUAAGGUAAUAAAAUCCCCAUUGUAUUCAAACUGAUCAACAACAUUGUUUCCUUUUCCUGCUUAUUUCACGUGUUUGCCUUUAAGACAUACUCAACAGUAUAGUCCAGUUGAUGUACAGUUUACCUUCA